AUGGCACAAUUACGUAGCUUAUUGUUGCCAACAAUCUUCUGCUUGGGUGGACUUAUGGGCAACUAUUUCGAUAGAUACACACAGUCCAAGAAUAUAGUUGCAGAGAAGGCAUCUCUAGUUACUACUACGGAUAAUAAAUGUUCACUUGGCGAUAUUCCUUCGUCUGCGAAAGAGAUCAUGAAAUUCGGCUUUCCAAGCUGUGAAAAUCUUAAGUUUAGAGAGGAUUAUGUCCUCUCAUACAACCGAGUGCAUCGUACAGCCAAUUGGGUUAUCGAGCAUUUAACCGCAGAUAAAGUGUUUCAACGUGAUUUUAAAAGAAAAUCAUCAAUGUUCAAGGAGGAUACAUCUGUACCAGUUUUGUUUAGAUCUACAAAAAAAGACUACCGAAACAGCGGUUUUGAUCGAGGACAUUUGGCACCAGCAGGUGAUCACGGAUAUUCAUUGAAAGCUUUAAAAGAUACAUUUUAUCUCAGUAAUAUGAGUCCGCAGGUUGGAGUAGGAUUCAAUCGUGAUAUUUGGAAGAGAUUAGAAGAGUAUACUCGAAAUCAGACGCGUGUGUAUACGGAUAUCUAUGUUAUCACUGGGCCGCUAUAUCUCCCAAAAGAGAGUGCGGAAAAGGAUGGAAAAAGAUAUGUUAAAUAUCAGGUAAUUGGCAAAAACGAUGUAUCAGUUCCUACUCAUUUUUUUAAGAUUAUAGUGGGAGAUAAUCGAAAAAAAAAAAGUAAUGCCCAGUUACAACUUCAGGUCUUUCAAAUGCCUAACGAAAAAAUCUCCAAAGGAACUCCACUAGAUGAAUAUAAGACAUCUCUAAAAUCAGUUGAGAAAGCAUCAGGACUUCUUUUCCUAGAUAAAGCCUCUUCGUUGGCUAUUGCAACAGAUCGUUCUGCCAUUUGA